AUGGCAUCCUCAUCGUCCUCACCGCAAGCGAUCAUCUCGCCGAGCGUGUUGGCGUCCGACUUUGGCGAUCUGUCGAACGAGAUCAGGCGCAUGAUGAGCUGCGGCGCCGAAUGGGUUCACAUGGGUCAGUCGCCUCUCGAGUCUUCACCCCCUACUGGUCACAGCUCACAUCACAUUCUACUUUCCCCGGUCAGACGUCAUGGACGGGCAAGUCCCACUACGCUCCCCCGAAAGAGGGGACGACCCCAACGUCAUCGUCGCACCGAACUGAACCCCACCUCUCCACCCAGACACUUUGUGCCCAACAUCACCAUCGGCCCCCCCGUCUUCGCUUCGGUGCAAAAGACCGUCGAGAACGUCUUUAUGGAUUGCCACAUGAUGGUCGCCGAUCCCGCCAGGGCAAGUCUCUGGUCCGCGCCGGCCCCCACCUCGCGACUUGGGUUCGCCGAAGGAGACCGAGGGCCGUCGUCGCAACAGGGCUUGGGCGCUCUACUCGUUGACGAGAUCCUCAUGCUGAUCAUGGAGUGAAAUCAUCGAAUUUUAUGCAGUGGGUCAAGGAUGUCGCCGAUGCGGGCGGCAAGAGUUAUACGUUCCACUUGGAAGCCUUGUCUGAGCCAGGUCAGCGCGAAGAGUCAAAUUCUUCUUCCUGUCGCCUCUUCUCGCGAAUCCGCGCAACGUUAGCUGAUCCGGCUUCCUCGUUUCUUCAAAUCAUUUCGUCCACGCUAGAGAAAGCACAUGAACUGGUCCAGCUGAUCCAUUCGACGGGCAUGCGAGCCGCGGUCGCCAUCUCACCCGCGACGCCCUCAUCGGCCAUCUCGGACGCGCUGGGCAACUCGGUCGACAUGUUGCUCGUCAUGACCGUCGUUCCAGGUAGGUGGCUGUCGAGGCCCUGAAAUGGCUGUCCUGCGCGAGCUGAUUCUCCGACCUGGUGGAUGUUGGCCAUCUACAGGCAAAGGAGGACAAAAAUUCAUGCCCGAGUGCGUGCCCAAAGUCGCCGAAUUGCGCACACGAUUCCCCAACAAGGAUAUCCAGGUCGAUGGUGGUGUUGGGCCGGGGACGAUUGGAUGCUGUGCACGAGCAGGUCGGUCUCCUCCUUUCAACUGCUCCGGGACGAGCGAGGAACGGCAGUUUGAGGGCAGACCAUGCUCACCACUGCAUGCAUUCAUUCCCACCAGGCUCCAACGUCAUCGUUGCAGGUACGGCAUUGUUCGGUGCCAAGGAACCCAAACAGGUUAUUCAAGGGUUCAAGGAAGCGAUCGAGUCGAGUCGCGAGGGGUGGGGGACCGACAAGGCGUUGGCCAAGGAUGAGUAA